GGAGCCGCUGAAAACCCCCGGCCCGGCCCGGGCGCGCCACUCGGCCCGCAGCCCCCGUCCUGAGCGCGCCCCGCCGGCCUGCCAACGCUCCCCACAGCCACCGCUGCCCUUCGGAAUGGCCAACAGGGGACCUGCCUACGGCCUGAGCCGGGAGGUGCAGCAGAAGAUCGAGAAGCAGUAUGACGCGGACCUGGAGCAGAUCCUGACCCAGUGGAUCACCACCCAGUGCCGCAAGGACGUGGGCCGGCCCCAGCCCGGCCGUGAGAACUUCCAGAACUGGCUCAAGGACGGCACAGUGCUGUGCGAGCUCAUCAAUGGGCUGUACCCCGAGGGACAGGCCCCGGUGAAGAAGAUCCAGGCCUCCACCAUGGCCUUCAAGCAGAUGGAGCAGAUCUCUCAGUUCUUGCAGGCGGCCGAGCGCUACGGCAUCAACACCACUGACAUCUUCCAGACUGUGGACCUCUGGGAAGGAAAGAACAUGGCGUGUGUGCAGCGGACACUGAUGAACCUGGGCGGGCUGGCAGUGGCCCGGGACGAUGGGCUUUUCUCUGGAGAUCCCAACUGGUUUCCCAAGAAAUCCAAGGAGAACCCUCGGAACUUCUCGGACAACCAGCUCCAAGAGGGCAAGAAUGUGAUCGGGCUGCAGAUGGGAACCAAUCGUGGGGCUUCCCAGGCAGGCAUGACCGGUUACGGCAUGCCCCGCCAGAUCCUCUGAUGGCAGCGCGGCUCUGCUCACGCCCUCCCACGGAUGGUUAAUAUAUAUAUAUAUAUAUUUUAGCGGUGACAUUCCCCGAGGGCCCCUGGGGCUCGCAGACUCCCCUCUGCCGCCGUGGGGGCCUGGCCUGGCCUGCCUCCUCCGGGGGGCACCCGACACCGGGCUCUCCCCUGUGCUUACCAAUACAUUCCUUUCCUCAAAGCCACCAAAACUGGACCGACCAAAACUGGCCUCUUUUCUCUUGGGACCAAAAUUUGGGGGCCUUGCCAACCCCCUCCCACCCGCAUACCUCUUCUCUUUCCCUUUGGCUUUUCUCCCCCCAUUACCCCUGAGCCCUGUGCCCUCAAUCCAUUCCUUGGCUGGGGGUCGGGGCGCUGCCUUCUGGCCUGCCUCCCACAAGUAUGCUUCGCCCCUAGCUGUGGCUGCAGGGACUUAAUUUAUAGGGAGAGGCCUCUGGUGGCCGCCUCCCCAGCCACAGCUGGGCUGCGCUCACCACACAUCAAGGCAGCCCGCCCCUGGCAGGGGCCCCCCUCGGUUUCCCAUUUUCCAGUCCCCUUGCUGUGGCUAAGGGGUGGGGGCGAGGGGACAGGGAGGGAGGGCUGCCCACCACGGGCCGGGGCUUGAAAAACCCAAGUUUGCUGAUCUGAAUAAAUCUCUCUGCCUCUUUUGGA